UUAUAUACAGUGAGAUAGGCGUGGAGGCGUCGAUUAUUAGCGAAAAGCUUCUUCUCGUAGACGUCGACUUGGUGUGUUCCGUGCUGCCACAUCGCCGCCAGCCAAAUACCUAUUGCAAUUUCGCAGUGUUGAUUCGUUUGUCGAUACAUAUCUACGCGUGUUUGUAGCAUAAUAAAACAGGCAGGAAAAAUAUUACAUUUGUGCUGGGUGUGUGUCUAAAAAAAACGACACCGGAUGAUAAAAGUUUGUAGUAAAAAAAUUUGUUCGUCGUUCGCAGUGCCUCUCUCUGUGUCGCAUCCGGCAGAUAUUACAUAUUUUAUCUCGUAAACGAGUGAUUGUGUGCCAUCGAGAAAAUAUCCGCACGUCGCAUACAUAUUAUAUCGAGUAAACUCGUGAACGUCGUCGUCGGUCAUCUGACAGGUGUUCGAAGUGACAAUAUUCGACUGAUUUGCAGGUGAAACUUCAUCGAGGCGAAUCAUACCGAGAAGGGGGAGUCAUAAUUAAUCAGCCGCGCGAUCUGCGAGUAGGAGCGAUCGCCAUUAUUCAACCGACAGAAGCGUAGCCGAGAUGCCUGCGCCGACGUCAGCUACAGGGGCGGCCGAGCCGGGCCCGCCCCGUACCGAACUCCAGGAGUUACAAUUCAAGGCCGAUCAGACGACCGAUGAGUCGCUGGAGAGUACGAGGCGUAUGCUGGCGCUAUGCGAGGAGAGCAAGGAGGCCGGCAUCCGUACUCUGGUCGCGCUCGAUGACCAGGGAGAGCAACUUGACCGCAUUGAGGAGGGCAUGGACCAGAUCAACGCCGAUAUGCGCGAGGCGGAGAAGAACUUGACGGGGAUGGAAAAAUGCUGCGGACUUUGCGUUCUUCCCUGCAACAAGGGUGCGAGCUUCAAGGAGGACGAGGGCACGUGGAAGGGCAACGACGACGGCAAAGUCGUGAACAAUCAGCCGCAGCGCGUGAUGGACGAGCGCAACGGCAUCGGCCCCAUGGGCGGCUACAUCGGCAAGAUAAAUAACGACGCGCGCGAAAACGAGAUGGAAGAUAAUAUGGGCCAGGUCAACACGAUGAUCGGCAAUCUCAGGAACAUGGCCAUCGACAUGGGCAGCGAGCUCGAGAAUCAGAAUCGCCAGAUCGACAGGAUCAAUCGCAAGGGCGAGUCGAACGAGACGAGGAUACAGGUGGCGAACGAACGUGCUCACCAGCUACUCAAAUAAACAUACACUUUUAUCGAUCUCUCCCUUACACAGAGCAGUGCAGUUUAUAUAUUAUACGUAUACAUAUAUACGCAUACACGUGUGUGUGUGUAAGCAUAUAUAGGUAUACGUCGAUGUAUACAAAAAUUCAUGGGAUUUCGUCGAAACAAAGCAAAAUUCACGAAUGGAAAAUGAAUUCUACGAGUGGAAUCCACGGAAUGACAAGGCAAACCAGUAGCUGCUAAGCAGACGAGAGUGUGCAAAGAUUUUCCUUCAAUGUAUAAAAAGUUACACGCAUAUACACGGGCCUCCGCUACUUACAUCAUCCUAGAAUAACAAAAAAAAUAAAAACAAAGCUCUGUACUACGACUUAUUAUAAUAAUGUAUAAAAACCUACUAUUAUCCGUCGAUUAUUAUUAAUUGUUCCUUAUACAUAUGCAUAUAUUAUAUUUUUUGUCUUUAAUGCUGUUAAAUUGUCGUGUAUGAACAUUUAUUGUAAUCUCCUCCCACUUGCGUUUGCGUUGGUACGUACAUGUACCGAUGGCUUCUACUCAAUUAUGUACAGGCUAUUUAGAUUUUCGUUCGAGACUUGUAUUUAUUCCAGUCGCGAGAGAGAAUCGAUAUCGGAAGACAAGAAAAAGGACAUCGGCGCGUAGAAUUUCCAUCGGACGCUUUCUCUCUCCUUUUUUUCUUUGACACCAUCCGCCCUGUCUCGUCCAGGUAUCCACCACAUACGUCUCUGUCUCUAUUUAUCUGCAAACUUACAAUAGAACUGACAUUUCGCUGCAAAGGUAUAUAAAUAUUCUCUCUCUCUCUCUCUGUCUUGCUCUACCUCGUACAAGCAUCCCACGAGAAAUGACGAGUAUAUAAUCUACGUGCACAUCAUACAGUUGAGCUUAAGGGUCUUACGUAUAGUAGGUAUAAAUAGCACACGCUAUACAACACAUACAUGUAAUGAUACGGACACACGCGAAUACACCGACUCACAUAAACACGUAUACACACACGCACUGAACCGCGUAGAGAGUUAGACGAUACGCCUUUUUGAAUUUCUUACACAUAAAAAUGUGAAAUGGGUUUUCCUUCUGCGAGCAAAUGCAAACACGGAUAUUUUAUAUCUCUUGAUGUCACAAAAAACACACCAACAAGUACACAAACAUGUACGCGAACACGAUACACCACGCACGCGUUGAUAUAAUAUUAUAGUAUAAAUGAAUCUGAGUCGUCGUUUUUUAAAUUCCGAUUUUUACGAGUAUUAAAUAUUUAUAAAAAUAAUACGUGACAAUUUUGCACCAUUAACAAAAAGAAACCCAUUACUAAUUGAGUGAAAAUAAAUAAUACACGCGCUGGACAUGUAUGUACAUGCAUACACAAUACAUGAUGUAUACGUCAGGUAAUGAGAAAAGCAAAUAACCAAACAUCCUUUGCAUGAUACAUAUAUAAAAAAAUUAUAUAAAUUAGAUUUUUGUCUUUAUAUAUGAAGCCACAUAUACAACAACAAAAAUAUAAAAAAGCGUAUGUGUAUAUCUCUUUGUCUGAAAUAUAUAGCACAAAUAUCGGUGUUAUAUUAACUCAAAUAAUUGAGAAAAAAUUAAAUAAAAAGCGAUUUAUAUACAUGAAUAAAGUAAUAUACAUUGCAGAUAGCAAAGCGUAAAAUAAUUAUAAAUGAUAUGUAAAUUUAAAAAUUAUGAUAAUGUGUAUAUUUAUAUGGCAAUGUGUCGGCUCAGUUUUACGUGCCUUUGAUCGUUCUCGUUUUAAUAUCAUUCGUAAGACCCUUAAAACAAAUCGACAGACAAACAUUCACAUUGACUCGACGAUUUAGCGGACUGGCAUAGUUUUGUUUUUCGGACGAAAAAAUGCGUGCGCCGGUUUACAGUUAUAUUCCAUUUACGUGAUUUUUUCUCUACUAUCCUAGUUACGAUAAAAAAUUUUGUCUUUUAGAGCAAGAAUUUUUCUAUUAUCAUGUGUAUAUAAAGACGUGCUUACAGACGUCUGUUAAUAGUCGAAAUGAAAAUUUAUAGAUUGUUUUGCCGAAAGAACGACGAAUUUCACAAUAAUAAUUCAUAAUACAGACGAAAUAUAUCAUUGUCUUGAUUCUAGCAUAUCAAGAAUUCGUCGUUUAUUAUGCUGGCAAAAUUUUGUGAAAUUAAAAAAAAAUAAGGAGGAAAUAAAAAAAAUCACCAAGAUUAACGACGUUUUUCUCUUGUCGGGCAAAAAGAUUUCCCCUUUUGAUUAAACGAAGUAUGCAAAAAAUUGGAAGAUUAAUAGAUUAAAAAAAUUGACAAAAAUUUAAAUCUAUUUAAAAAAAGCAAAUUUUUGAACGAUCCUCCGCGAUCGACAAUUAGUCUUUUACAUUAUUAUUCUUAUAAUUAUUGUCAAAAAUUCACGGUUUCUCAUCAUUGAUAUAAAUACAAUAAAUAUAAUGCGAACAAAAAAGUAUAUACGUGAUGAAAUAAUUAAUUAAUAAAAAAAAGUAAUUAUAUUACAAUUAAAAAUACAAAGCAAAACACAACGAUCUUAAUAAUAAUUAUAUACAAGUGCAUUGAUAUUUCAGGCAUACUGUUUUGUCGGUGGGACGAUGCUCGACGCGUGUCUGCCUACAAGUAUUAAUAUCUGCGUCACAUUAUCAGUUCUAAAUGAAAACAGCUAGUCUACACUCGCGCGAUGUAAAUAUUUUCGUCGAGUAUUUUCACGUUGUUUAUAGUAGUUACGAUUAAUGAUAGUAUAUUUGAAUAAAUACGUCUCAAUUGCAUUGUCCGUCGUUUUCAUAUUGUAAAAGCGCGUAAUAUAAUAACAUAGAAUUUGUCACACACCAUUAAAGACUUACGUAAAAGCAAAAAAUAAAUAAAAAUGGCCUCGUGAUCCGUGAGAAAAAUAAAAUCUCGAGCAUCUUCCCUACCGUCGAGUAAUAUAAUAAUGAGUAAUUAUACCGCAUUGCUUUUCGCAGGAUAGUAGAGGGAGGUAUUAUUAUUAUUGUUACUGUAAUAUAUAUAUAAUACGCUAUUCUAUACAUGUAAUAAAUCUUAUCAAGGGUUAAUUUAUAUCGCCGUGAGAUAUAAAAACUGGCAGAGAGAAGGGCGCAAGGGAGAUCGAGGGACUAUUCUUAUAAUAAUGAAAUAAUAACUUUAAGCUCGCGAAAGGAGCUUUAGAAGCAAUGAGUUAUUAAUGGGGAAAGAUUUGAUGUAUACAUUUAUACAGGUGAGACGCUGCGAAAUUCCAUUUCCCAAUUCAACGGAAGAGUCGGAAACCUCUCAUGACAUUUGAGUUGUCAAAAUUUUGUUCGCGUUCCGUUAUAAUUUUGUACGAGUAUAUAAGCAACGACGAGAUGUAAUUAAAGAAAAACAAGAAAACUAAAAUUAAGUGAGGCUCGAGCGAAAACAGCGGAGUCUUGUUCGAAGAGCUCGUAAAUACGUAAUAUCGAAAAGAUGAAAAAAAAAAAAUUGAGAAAAAUCCAGAUGACAAUGAUAAUUGACCAGUCAUUGAAUGUGACGUACGACUAAAAACGUCCUUCUAGGAAUAAAAAAAGCAAGGACAAACGCAAUAUACAGUCGAAAAGUACACGUUUAAUAUAAUAAAAGAUACACGUAAGGAGAUUGCUAUUAAAAGUUGUUUUAAGAAAAUACUUAUCGAUAGUGCCAGCUAAUGAAACAAAAAUAAACGACGGAUUGAUAUUAGAAAAAAAAAA